UAGCCCCAAAAAGCUCGUCGACGCUGUUGCCCUGCAGCUCGGCACACAGCGCUGUUAUCGGCCCGGUCGGACUGUCUGUUACACCAUCGUGACCCCGCGGUAGGGCUCGGAAACUUCGGCGCGAGUGCCGCACAGCCAGUGUGGCCCACAGCAACCCCUCCCCAGUUUCAGCGCGGACGACGCCGCAGCGCAAGUAUCCAACAACCGCGCGCCACCGAUGCCGCAACUCGCCGACGCCAUGCUCUGCGGCUACGGCUCCGGCCUCGAAGAAGAGCCCGGCACGACCUUCGAGGCGAUCCCGCAGUCGAUCGUGCGCGACGAAGUUUUGAAGCACGCCGACGGCGCGGCGCUGAGUGCCGCGGCGAGCGCGUCGAAGGCCCUGCGGACUGCUGCGGGAGAUGCGGGCCGCGCGCAACUCCAAAGGCGCUUCUCCUGGCUCUGGCCGUCCGCGUCGAAGCCCGACGGGCCGCGACCGCGCAACGCGGCGCCGGCCGGCGCUUUGAGACUCUUGGAAGAAGACGGCUCCUUCGUGUUAGCUUGCGGGACACGAGAGGAAGCGGCACCGACGGCGGACGCGGCCGCCGUGCGACCCGCCCCACCUCGACCGACCGAGGAGAUGGCGCGACGGCGCCAUGACGACGCCUUACGAGCGUUAGGUGUGCCCCGCCUGCACGAUUGUAGCACGGCGCGGAACGCUCCAGCCGCGUGUAGAGCCAAUAACGGCGACGUCUGGCUCUGCGGAGGAUGGGCGGACGGUGAAGCGCUGCAGGACUGCGAGUUCUUGGAUGCUUCCCGGAGGUGGCGGCGCGGGCCGAGGAUGGACGCGGCGCGGUGCUUUGCUGCCGCUGCUGCUCCUCCAUUCUUAGACAAUGCUAUCCUCGUCGUCGGUGGAGGGGACACUUUAUGGGUCGGCGGUACGGCUUCUCGCGAGUGCGAAAUCUUGGAUCUUGCCGAUGAGGGGACAUCGUGGGCGGCGUUUCCGUCGUUAACUUAUGCUAGAUGUGGUCACGGCCUCGCCUCUGUUUCAAAGCACGUCGUGGCGUGCGGCGGGUACGGCGGCGGUGAUGCGUACCUCGACAGCGUCGAGGUUUGUUCGGGUGAGAGGUGGGUAAACGGCUCGAAGAUGAAUUUCAGGAGGACGGGGGCCGGCGUCGGUGCCGGUCCGGACAGCUGCGUCUAUGCGGCGGGUGGCUCGCCCGACGGCCAGGACGCCUUGGCCUCGGCGGAGCGCUGGGACUUGAGGACGGCACGAUGGGAGCUGUUGCCGCCCAUGGCGCGCGGCCGCGGUUAUGUGGCGGCGGCCUUUGAUGCGACCGGAAACUUCGUGGUGCACGGCGGCUACGGCGAGACGGGCGACGUCGGCGCCGACGCGGAGGCCUUUGACAUCCGGGCCCACCGGUGGCGGCCGGUGGAUUUGGCGCAUUCGGCGCAGACGCAGUACUACGGCCAGAACGGCGCCGGGCGGACGCGGUGGUACCUGGACCGCGCGCAGCACGGGCUCGUGUUCACGGUCGUGUAAAUCAAAUCGGUUUUCCUG